CAAUAGAAUGGAAGCUUCUGAYGAUGACACCCUGCAUUCUCAACCAAACAUAAUUACAAAGUUUUUUACCACCAUUUCACAGAGAUAUCAAAAGUUUCUAGAUGACACCACACCACAUCUAGCGCCACGAUGGAUAGCAACGUAUGGAGCGACAAGAGGAAUUGUCAUCGCUCUUUGUUGUACGUUUUUCGAAUUUCUCAACAUCCCAGUGUUUUGGCCAAUACUUGUCAUGUAUUUUGUAAUUCUUUUUACUCUAACAAUGAAGAGACAGAUCAAGCAUAUGAUACGAUACAGAUAUCUUCCCUUCUCCUGGGGCAAGAAGAAGUACAGAGGCAAAGAAGAUUCAGAUUCGGCCACUGCGCAUGCGUCCAGCCCAGCCACUGCGCAUGCGUCCAGUCCACUUGCCCCAAAAGCCCAGCAAACGUAAACAGGUAUGCGGCUCUGUCAGGGAUUGACUUGUUUUGCUGAAAAAUGUUAUUUGAAAGGCAAUGAUUAUGUAUAAAAAUGUAAUUUUAGAGACUCCCGGUAGAAAUAAAAUAAAUUUUUAAUGGAUUGAAAAAGUCAUGACACGGAUAAUGUUAUCCUGCAGGCAUUUUACGUGGAUUUUUAUGGAAUUUGAGUGUCCUUUACGUUUCGCAGUUGUCAUUUAGACAUGGUUGUCUUUAGGUUAUUCUGCGUUGCCUUUACGUAUUAUGUGCUGCAUGGCGGCUUUGCGUUUUUCUUGUUCUCGUUUAGCCUAAGUGUUUUUCGAUAAGUUCACUUUCUGUUGCCUAUAAUACGUUUUCUUGCGUUCGAUAUGAUUACGUAUAAUUUACGUAUGAUUACGUCCUUUGUGGUGCUGACGUUUCAAAUAUUCUAAUGUAAUUUGCGUUUCCAUAACCUUUACGUUGAUCUUCCUUUGCGUUUACGUUUGUACGUUCAGUUAAUAACUUGAGGUUUCUUGUGGUUGAAUACCCCAUUUUUGAAUUCAAAGCGAAAAAUCGUUGCUUCAUUUGACAACAGAUUCUGUUGCGCAAAGACCUUACCAAACAGAAAAGAAUCGAAUUUC